ACCACACCACCUCCCAAGUGGACUCCUUCAUUCCAUUCCGUUCCGUUCCCAUACGUUUCUUCCUCGAGUAAAGUGUCCGUAGCUAGCUAGCUCCUUGGUGCCCAGCUCUCCUACGUUCACACCUCCAUCGAUGAAGAUGAAGCAGGCUUCCAAGGCGAAGGCGACGGCGACGUCGCCGGGGAAGGAGGAUGAAGCGGUUGCGCCGGGCGGUUUCCGCAAGGGGCCAUGGACGGAGCAGGAGGACAUGAAGCUGGCGUGGUUCGUGCGGCUCUUCGGCGAGCGCCGCUGGGAUUUCUUGGCUAAGGUGUCAGGUCUCAACCGGACCGGGAAGAGCUGCCGCCUCCGGUGGGUCAACUACCUCCACCCCGACCUGAAGCGCGGCCGGAUGACGCCCGACGAGGAGCGCCUCGUCGUCGACCUCCACGCCCGCUGGGGCAACCGAUGGUCACGCAUCGCCAAGGCCAUGCCGGGCCGCACCGACAACGAGAUCAAGAACUACUGGCGCACACAUACCCGCAAGCUCCACAAGGACACUCGCGCCGUCGCCGCCGCCGACGGCUCCGGCUCCGCUGCUUCAGCCUCCACGACGACCACGUCCACGUCCAUGUCGCCGGCGUCUCCGGCCACAACCUCCAGCUCCUCCUCUUCAACGACCGACAACGACAACCACUCACAUCAUCACGGCCACGGCCACCACGACCAAGAGACCGCGGCCAGCUGCCAGGAACAACAACAGGCGGCGGAACAGCAGCUCUUCUACACCAGCGUCGGCGCCAUGGACAGCCACCUGCUCUGGAACGACGAUGCCAUGCUCGAUUCCUACGCCUGGGGAGCCACCGCCUUGCCGUCCAUGAUCGUCCCGCCGCCUUCAUCGCCGGUGUGGGACUACUGCUGCUCGGAUUCGCUCUGGGGGAUAGGCGACGACGAGGUCGAGUACAAGAAGAUGCUCGCCGUCGCCGGUGCCUCAUGAACCUUUUCAUACACCAUCCAUCUUUGCUUAGUCAACUACAGUAGAUGCCAACUAGCUGAAGAUGCUUACGUGCAUGCGUCUUGAUAUGUACUCGGAUUUAUGCUUUUGUACAUGUAAUAUCCAUGUCUAUGUAUGAUAGAGUAAUAACUACACAUAUGCAUGUAGUUUAUUAUUUGUAUUAUGAUAAUUUUUAAUAUCUCUUUAAUGCUUUA